GACCGAGCUCCGGUGCGACCUGUUCAGCUUAUCCGUGUCGCACGUCGCGCUGAAGCCCCCCCCCCCCAACCCCUCACGUCAAACCAGUCGACAGAUAGAAACCACUCAAACCAGUGAACAGCGAUGGGGGAAUGACAACGAGCUCCGUGCCUGUCUGCGGUUCUCCGAGCCCGAGAAGAAGACCCCGAGGAUGCUGCAGCUCUCCAGCCCGAGGAGCGGACGCCUGCGCCGGGCCUGGCUGCUGCCGCUCGCCGCGGUGCUGCUGUGUGUGGUCUCCGUCAGCUCUGGCCUCCCAGCUUCCCACAAAUGCCCUCACCAUCUAGACUGUGCCAAAGAGGGACGCCACUUCUGCAAGCCGGGCUCCUCCCGCUGUGGCGCCUGCCUCUCCCCGCUGCAGGAGAACGAGGAGGGAAGCUGUGUGGAGAAGAGGAGGCACCGUCAGCAUGUGACCUACUACCCGGACCUGGAUGGAGAGAUUGAUUUUCUUGAGUCUGUACUCGAAAAACAGGAAGUGAAAGAGAUCAAAACUCCAAAGAAGCAAAUCCCAAAACCUGCUGCCGUCACCUCUCAGUCAGAUGUUCAAAAGACAGAGACAGAUGCCUCCAAACAGGAACAGAAGAACCAGGCGCCUAAUGGAAGAGCGCAUGCUGUCACCGCUGCCCCAGGCUCCGCCCUCUCUGACCCACCGACCCCCCAGCCCCAAGUCACUGAAGCUGAGGCCCGAGCGGCUCCCUCGUUGGUCCCAGCAACCAGGAAUGACAUGAUUCUCUUAACUGUGAUCUCGUUCAGUGUCGUUGUUGGCAUCGUGGCAAUGAUCCUGGCAACUGCCUGCUACAUCAAGAAAGAGAAAGAAGCGCGUCUGGUAGAGAAGGUCGACUACCCUGCUUUCAGUGGGCCCAGCGCACCCCCCGCCCCCAACCCGUCCACAGGUUCCUCGAUGGGAGAUAAGACUCUGGCCCAAAAUGCUCAAAUGUAUCACUACCAGCAUCAGAAGCAGCAGAUGCUUUUGAUGGGAACUCACAAACCUGAACAGAAGGUCCUUGACAACGAGGUCACGUCAGAAGAGGAAGAGGUGGGAGGAGACUUCACAGUAUACGAGUGUCCUGGACUUGCACCGACUGGAGAGAUGGAAGUGAAGAACCCUCUGUUUGAUGACUCCACUCCUCAUUACCAGGGGAAUUCUCAGUGAAUGCUGAAAUUGAACACACACACAUUCACAUGUAACCACACACACACACACACACAUGCAGGCAUUAUAGCCAUUUCUCUGUAAGACACCACUGAUCCAGGUAGAGGAUGGGGUUUAUAAAAUUGAUUAUUUUCCUGUAGGCCUUCUAACUAUAAUCUACCCCUACUCUAGCUUUUAAUACAAAUGUACACUGGGUUCCUUUUUAAUUUAUUUCUGCCUCUGUUUCCUGUCUUUUAAAUUAUAUGCUCCCCCCUCAGGUUUGUCCCUAUAGGUGUUCUGUCCUAUUUAUGUGUUAAAGUCUAAUCUUAAACAUCCUCCUCGCAUUCCUUCAUCACUUUCCUUUAUUUCUGCAGCUAUUUCCAAAGAAUAUGAUACUAAAGCAAACAGAGGAACAUCACGGACACACACAUUCGUAGGUUAACCUGAAAACCAGGGGCCCUCCCUUGCAUUUCCUGCAGAGCUAAUGUUUCCUGACAGAUACCAAGUAAACCUAGAAAGCUGAUACUUCUGUAAAAGCUCCCUAGCACAACACGGUUAAGCUUUGAGAAUGUUAUGUUGCUAAUUCCAUGUCGUAUAAGCUGCACAUAAAGAUUUUAAGAUGAUAGAAUAUAAAUAUAUAUAUGAAAAUGAAGUACUUGAUGAUGUCUGUGUGCAUGGUUUGACUGUACCGUGUUUAAAUCAUGGCAGAGCUUCAGCGAGUUACUCUCUGCCUCCGGGUUUGUACGCAUCCUGUCGACGGAGGAGGAAUGUACAGUACAAAGUGACUUCUCAGCACUUGAAUGAAAUUUUGGAGACAAACUAUACUGAUGGAUGUGUAGGUGGAAAAUAUCACUCUCUUCUAUCGUCCCUCUUUCCUCUUGUCGGUACCAAGUUUACCUCGUGCUGCAAAAUGUACAUACGAAGAGUGAAAGCGUUCACCUUUUCUAGACAUUUGUACAUGCAGACCAAGGAAAUAAAACUUUUUACCACACGUGAGAA